AUGAAUGUUAUUGAAUGGGCCUUUGGCAAGCGUAUGACGCCUGCGGAGCGUCUGCGCAAGCACCAGCGGGCCUUGGAUCGAACACAGCGUGAGCUGGAUCGAGAGCGCACGAAGCUGGAGAACCAGGAGAAGAAACUUGUGCAGGAUAUCAAAAAGAGCGCCAAGAAUGGCCAGAUUGGAGCUUGCAAGAUUCAGGCUAAGGAUCUGGUGCGGACACGAAGGUCAGCAUACAUUCAAAAGUUCUACCAGAUGCGCACGCAAUUACAAGCUAUCUCGCUUCGUAUCCAGACUGUCCGGAGUAACGAGCAGAUGAUGCAGUCAAUGAAGGGCGCAACAAUGCUCCUUGGCAGCAUGAACCGGCAGAUGAAUCUUCCCGCCCUUCAACGCAUUGCGAUGGAAUUUGAACGAGAAAACGAAGUCAUGGAUGAACGACAAGAGAUGAUGGACGAUGCGAUCGACGAGGCUACAGGAAUCGAGGGCGAAGACGAAGAAGGAGAGGACAUUGUUAAGGAAGUGCUCGAUGAGAUUGGUGUCGAUCUGGGCAUGUCGCUGGGUGAAACACCUUCGGACAUACAACAAGCCGAAGCUGCCAGCAAGGCCCCUGUUGCGCAAGCUGUUGGUGGUGGUGGUGGUGGGGGCACUGAUGCAGGUGAUGAUGACCUUCAAGCAAGGCUGGACAGCCUCCGACGAUGA